UCUCAAUAAAACUUGCCUCAAAUCUCAAUAGAGACCAAUCAUCCUCUACUGGAAAGCUACAUUUGAAAACAAAACCUUCACUGCACGCAUAUUAUGAGAGUUCUCCUCCUAAAACCCAACACAAAACCAAAGUCUCCUCACCCUCACACUCUCUCUCCCAACUGCCUUUACACAGCCCCUCAAAUCUCUUCCCCAACCCCAACUGAUUUCAGUUCUCAGCUGAGCAAAUUCACCCACCUCCAAAACAUCAAAAAUGGCAGAAAAGCCCAUGCCCAAAUCAUCAAAACAGGGUGCACCUCUUUCCCCUUCCUCCACAACAGCCUCAUCAACAUGUAUGCAAAGUGUGGGCAAACAUAUGAGAGCCUCCUCAUAUUUGAAUCAACCCAAGAGAACAAUGUCAUAUCUUGGACCUCUGCCAUUUCUGCAUUUGUUAGGGGCAACAUGCCUUACAAAGCCAUGAGCCUUUUCUCUAGAAUGAGAAGAGAGGGGACUCAACCAAACCAGUUUACUCUCUCUGCAAUUUUGCCUUCUUGUUGGGAAUUAAAAAAUGGGGUUCAGAUUCAUUCAUUGGCCUGUAAAAAUGGCUUUAGUUCUGAUGUUUUUGUGGCAAGUGCACUUGUUGAUAUGUACUCUAAGUGUUUGGAUAUGGUCGGGGCUAGAAAAGUGUUUGAGGAAAUGGGUGAGAGGAAUUUGGUUUCUUGGAACACCAUGGUUGUUGGGUUUUCUCAGAGUAAGAUUUAUGGGGAGGCUUUUGGGUUUUUUAGGGGGCUUUUGGCUGAGGGGAUUAGACCUGACCAGGUGACAAUUUCCAGCAUUCUGAGCUCCUGUGCAAACACAUGUAGCCUAUGGUCAGGCAAACAAGUUCAUGUUCUCUCCAUUAAACUGAGUCUCAAUUCCUUGCCUUUUGUUUAUAAUUCUCUUCUUGACAUGUACAAUAAAUGCAGAGCCUUAGAAGAAGCCAUGCAAUUGUUUCAUAGCUUGAGAGAUAGAGAUGCCAUCACAUGGAAUGUGAUGAUCAUGGGUUUGGCCCAAAAUAAGAGCCCUGAGGAGGCCUGCAACUACUUUUGCCUUAUGAGGACAGAAGGAAUACAAGCUGAUGAUGUUUCUUUCUCUACAGUUCUUUAUGCAACUGCAGGUUUAGCUUCCCUAGACCAAGGGACCAUUAUACACAGCCAAGCUAUAAAAUCUGGUUUUCACUCUAACGCAUGUGUGGCCAGCUCCUUGAUAACCAUGUACUCGAAGUGUGGGAGCAUGAUUGAUGCCUACAAAGUUUUCAGCGAGAUGGGUUCAUCACGAAACGUGGUGUCUUGGACAGCUGUGAUUGCAGCUCACCAGCAACAUGGGCUCGGGACUCGUUCGAUUGAGCUUUUCAAGGAAAUGAUCAAAGAUGGGGUCGAACCUGAUUAUAUAACUUAUGUGUGUGUCCUUUCAGCUUGUAGUCACAACGGACUCAUCGAACAAGGGUUUGAAUUCUUUGAUUCCAUGGUUCGAGACCAUGGGUUACGGCCAGGACAUGAACACUAUGCUUGUAUGGUGGACCUAUUGGGCCGAGUUGGUCGAUUAGAAGAGGCAAAGCAGCUCAUUGAGACCAUGCCCAUUAAGCCUGAUUCCACAGUUUGGGGUGCUUUGCUUGGUGCUUGUAGAAUUCAUGGCAAUUUGGAUAUAGGAAAAGAAGCAGCCGAGAAACUCUUUAAGAUCGAACCCAAAAACCCCGGAAACUAUGUGCUUCUAUCUAACAUGUAUGCUACAAAGGGAAGGUUAGAUGAAGCCAAUGAAGUGAGAAGACUAAUGGGUGUCCAUGGAGUGAGAAAGGAACCUGGGUGUAGUUGGAUUGAGUUUCAAAAUGUCACAUAUGUUUUCAAUGUUCAUGACAGGUCUCAUCCUAAGAGUGAUGAGAUUUAUGAGAUGUUAGGGAGAUUGGAGGAAUUGGUUAGAGAGAGAGGAUAUGUAGUCAAAAUGCGGUUUGCACUGGAUGAUAUGGAAGAAGAGAAUAAGGAGCACAGAUUGUGGUAUCACAGUGAGAGAUUGGCCCUUGCAUUCGGGCUGAUAAGCAUGCCCGCCCCCGCGCCGAUAAGGAUUAAGAAGAAUUUGAGGACCUGUGGAGACUGUCACUUUGUGAUGAAGGUUGCGUCAGAGAUUUUCAAGAGAGAGAUAGUUGUAAGGGAUGUUAACCGAUUCCACCUGUUUAAAGAUGGUUCUUGCUCUUGUAGAGAUUAUUGGUGAAUAUCUUGUCAUUUUUCUUUA